GAAGCUCUUCACAAGGCAUCGUCUGCCCAUCACUAAUUUCUGGCUUUUCAUAAGCAAUAGCUGUUUUGCAGGCACUUGAUAGAAGAGUUUGCGCAACACAGGUUGAAAUUUGUGUUGCUCGAACAUCUGCAAGGAUUUUAACUCGAAUAUGCACUUUUGCACCGUCAAACGUCAGUGAAGGGUUUUAAUAUUUGUGCUCAUUUAUCAUGCUUCGACUCUGUAAGCACGCUGUUUUUAUGUAUGGAAGAUGGACCAACUUCACAUUAAGGAUAUUUUCCACUAGCUGUUACUCAACGUCUCCAGCUAGGCUGGGUAUACUGAAGAGAGUAACUGAGAAGUAUGAGCGAGUAUUGGAACAACGAUUCCCUCGGUUUUACGUCUUAUACCACACCCUAAUGAGAGGAUUUCAGCUCCUAUUUGAAGAUGUAAAAGAAAUUAGAAGGAUACGGAGGAACAUCUGUAGGAACAGCAUCCAUUACAGACAGCUCCCAUACCGAGAAAUGGAGAGGCUAAUUUUGUUUCGAAGGGACAUGAUAAAAGCCAUUCCACUUGCUGUGAUCUCUUUGCCUCCAUUUGGCAUUUGUUUGGUGUUCAUCCUAAUGUGCCUUUUUCCACGGCAGCUGCUGUUUCAACACUUCUGGUCUCCACAGCAGCAAAGGAAGUUCCAGAUGAUUUCCCAUCUAAAGCGCUCUGAACACCAGGCACAGAUUCUGAGAAACAUUGCCAGCACAGCUCCACAUGUCAGCAACUGGUCCCAACGUACUUUGCUCCAGAACCUGUGUGCCAAGGUUCAGAGUGGGGCACACCCAGAUGUUUCUGAACUCCAUGCUGUACGUGAGGUCUUCUCUGGUCCUCUGCUGAGAAUGCAGUCAUUAAAACCAAGUCACUUGAGAUCACUGGGCUCUCAGACCCCUAGAAUUGUGUGGUUGCCCAGUUUCCUGGUGCGCAGGCGUCUCACCAAGGAGGCCCUGGACCUGCUGUAUCUGGACAGUGCUUUAAACUGUCUAGGCCUAAAACAGCUAACUGAUGAAGAAAUGAGACGGGCCUGUGAUUUUCGAGGGCUGUAUUCCAGUCAUCUUAGUUCCAGCCAGUGUAGAGAGUGGCUUCAUCAGUGGUUGCAGUUCUCAUCACAAGUCAACAAAUCAGAAAUUUCACUGUUGCUGCACAGCAUAACAGUGCUCACUCUCAACUACCCUGAGUCCCAAAGUAAAUGAAAAAUUGCUGCUCAACAAUCAGAUCACCUUCCUCCUGUUUGCAGAAGGGUUUCAUUUAAAUAAUUGAUUCACUUCUGCUAUAGUUUACACACCAGACACACUUCCUUUUUACAUUCCAUUAGUGAAUGCAUUUAAAUUUUGUUUUAUCUGCAUUAUGGACCAAAUCCUAAACUUACCAGUUAUGAUCAGUAAUAAUCUCUUGAAUAUUUAUUUUUUGUUUCCAUUAUGUUUGAAAGGACUGUGAAAAUGUUAAAUCACUCUUGCACAUAUGAACCGUAUGCGUGCACAGUAGCUGUAGCUUAAAAAGCUACUUGUGCAAGCUGUCUCAAGUAAUUCACUGCCGUUUUCUUUAUUAAAGCCAAGUCUAUCAAGGACAUAUAAUGUGUGGGUCUUUGUAUUUAGAAAUGGACUAAAAGUAGGAACAUCAAAUAUUUUAUGUACAGCCAUUUUCUAAGAUAUACAUGUUUCCAUGUAUCUGUUUACUAAUGUUCUUAGUUCAAACCUAAAUUGUGUGUGUGUGUGUGUGUUUAAAUGCUCAAUAUCCUUGCAAUUGGACUUUUUUAAAUCAUACGUGUAUUUUAAUAUUUCAUUAUUCGGUUGUACAUAGUUCUUUGCCACAAAUCUGUUUACUUCUGGUUCUUUAAAAAAAAGAGCUUGCUGUCUCUCAUUGCAUAGCUGCUUUCCUUGUUCAGACGAUGAUUUAAUUACUGUUUGACAUAUUACCAUUUUUAGUUAUUCUCAGAUUACUUCUGUUUAAGGUCUUUUGAUUAGUUAUUUUUAUGUUAAACUGUUCAAAUUUUAAUAUGCAUGUUCGAGUUAAUUGGAAUAGUAUUAUUAUCUAGUCCGGAUAUGUUGUGUGCUAAUUAAAUAAAUGUAUGCCGUAAGGGGUUAGAAAAGGUCAAUUACUAAUCUUGUCAGUAAUCCUCUGAUUAAAUUGGACCGUAAUGAUACAGUUGUACAAAAAUUUAUAGCUACUUGUUUUUUAAUUUAGAUAACAGCAUAAGUAAAUAUCCUACACCUACGUU